AUGCUUUGGAUUCCAGCCAGAAAUCAAUCCAUUUCUCAAAUUAGUUGGCGCAAUGCAACAUGUGAUUUGCGUUCAAAACUAAGGUGGGAAUUGUUAACGCCAGCCCUCAUGAAAGCAGAAAUGACAACCAAUGGCAGAGUAGAUGUGUCAUUCACAGCACAAUACGGCAAGAAGCCCUCCACUGUGUUCUUCUUCACGCGACAAGUGGAUAGGGCUCUUGGUAAAUUAAAAUAUACUAUACGUUGGAAUUUGAACCGUACCUUCAUUUUAACAGUGAAGUCAGGAAAAGUGUUAUUAGAGAAUUCGUCUUCUGUGACAAAUUCGCACGUGUUCUACCUGGGUAAUGCAUCCAAUAACUAUAUCACUUUUAAAUCCAAGACAGCAGACAAAUUCCUGAUGGCAGAUGCACAAGGUGUCAUUGGACUAACGAGUAACUCUCACGUAGCAACUCAUUUCAAGAAGCGCAAAUGUGUUCAUGUAUAAGUUGUGGGUCUUUUUACUCAAAGCCUUUUCAAAAUGAUUA